AGCGGUCGGGCAAGGAGGGUUGUGCGCCUGCGCCGCCGGUGGGCAGGCGGGUGCCCGUGCGCAUGCGCGCAGCGGGAGGCGGGGGAGCACGUUUCAACCGCCGCGGGCAGGUUCCCGUGCUGCGCGUGCGCCGCGGCUGCACCCUGUGCGGUGCGCGGACGUUGGGCCUCAGGCCGCAUGCGCAGAGGCGAUACCCAUUAAGGCUCGGGGGCGUCGGAGCCAAAAUGGGGCGCUCAUCGAAGGACAAGCGGGACAUCUACUACCGCCUGGCGAAGGAGGAGGGCUGGCGGGCCCGCAGCGCCUUCAAACUCCUGCAGCUGGACGAGGAGUUCCAGCUGUUUGAGGGGGUGCGCCGGGCGGUGGAUCUGUGCGCUGCCCCGGGCAGCUGGAGCCAGGUUCUGAGCAGGAAGCUGAAGGGCGGUGCUGGGGAGGGCCCUGACUCCGUGAAGAUCGUCGCAGUCGAUCUCCAGGCCAUGGCUCCGCUCCCGGGGGUCGUCCAGAUCCAGGGGGACAUCACCAAGGUCUCCACGGCGCAGGAGAUCAUCCAGCACUUCGAAGGGCAGCCGGCCGACCUGGUGGUCUGCGAUGGGGCCCCCGACGUGACCGGCCUUCAUGAUAUUGACGAAUACAUCCAAGCGCAGCUGCUGCUAGCGGCUCUGAACAUCACGACCCACGUCCUGAAUAAAGGAGGCACCUUUGUGGCCAAGAUCUUCCGGGGGAAGGACGUGACGCUUCUCUACUCCCAGCUCCGCAUCUUCUUUCCCGACGUCACCUGCGCCAAACCCCGGAGCAGCCGAAACUCCAGCAUCGAGGCCUUCGUUGUCUGCCGGGGGUACUGCCCGCCCGAGGGCUACGUGCCCAAUAUGUCCAACCCCCUGCUGGACCAUUGCUACGAUGUGGAUUUUAACCAGCUGGAAGGUCCCAACAGGAUCAUUGUCCCGUUCUUGGCCUGUGGGGAUCUGAGCGCCUACGACUCGGACCGGACGUAUCCCCUCCAGCUGGCCCCAGGGAAGGAAUACCGCUACGUGCCCCCCCUCCAGCCCCCCAUCCGGCCCCCCUACCAGGAAGCCUGCUUCUUGAAGAGGAACAACCUGUUGGCUAAGGAGCCCGGGCCGGCCCCAUUGGAGGAGGCCGCCCCCGCCCCCACGUAUGGGUCAGCGCCGCAACCUCAGGGCUGCCCCCCGGAGGCGGCUGUUGAAAAUGUCCUGGCGUCUCUGUCCGUGUCACCCUAGCACAGGGGCGUGUGUGUGUGUGUGUGUGUGUGUGUGUGUGUGUGUGUGUGUGUGUCGGGGAUGAGCCCUGCUCCACAUCUGUGAAAAGAGCAUUUUAAUGUAACCCUUUGUGGCCGGUCUUUGCUGGGGGCUCUGCUCCUCCGCCCCCCCGCGGCCUCUGUUUUAAUAAAGACUCACGGAGAUGAAGCACUUUGGCAAUCUUCCCCUUCAGGGAUAUCAUGGAGCAGGGAGUUCCGCUGGUUAACGACGGCAGCUUCUUCCCGCGGUUCUUUCUUUAGCCCCUUUGAAGCCGGCACUGGAGAGACUGUCCCAGCCGGUGUUGCUUUAUUUUGGGGGUUAAUGACGUGCCCCCCAGCUCUGGCCCGCUCCCCCGCGGCCCUGUCCAAGCC